AUGACGCUGACUCGUACAUCUUUAUAUCAACGGGCGUCCGCUCAGCGAGUUUAUCAAGAGUUUCCAAAGUCGAUAGGGCACUCGUUCAAGCGACAGACAUCGAUAACCAUCCCUUUGCUUUUACGUGUCUACCAGUUCGCCAUUUCCUAUCAGGCCGACGGACUCUACUCCGCUGUAGAGAUUCAGUUAGUUGUAAAAGGGGUGCUCGGCGCUCACAAGCACCUUCUCGACGGCGUCCGCCAUGUUUUCUUCCGCUGA